GCAUCACACUAGACCGGCUUGGCUUGACCUUUUUGGAAAUGGGAUCAGACUUCGGGCUUCAAUGCCGGGCGCUACAGCGUGCUUUAUCUAUUGUUGCCGCUGUCACACUGUCCAACUUAUUGGGCCACAAGCAGCUGCAUGUGGAGCGAGCUCAACCUCCCCAAGGCUUGUUCGUCGGCUAUCCUGGCACCCGCUCCCAGUAUGCGUCGCAAAGUCUGAAGAGACGCGCGUCCGUUACAGAAGUCAGCCCAGCAGAACUGGAGUCCAGCAUACGGAGGGGUGGCGCUGUAGUCCUAGACGUUUAUGCAGUUUGGUGUGGACCGUGCAAGUUGCUGGAGCCAGCUCUGAACAUUCUGGCUGACAAACUGGAGAGCGAUGUCGAAAAAGAGGGCAGUCCAAGCCCUCAGGUGCUUCGCAUGGAUAGCGACAGGCACUCUGCGAAGGCAAGCGAGAUGGGAGUCGAGGGUUUGCCGACAAUUAUUUUCUUCAAUGAAGGUGUUGAGGUCGGCCGGCUGGAGGGAGCUGUUGGCCUUGGUGAGUUGGAAGAGAAGGCAGCAGAAGCUCUUGGGUUAGCGGAGCUCUCAGGUGGCCCAUCAAUCAUCCAAUUGAACAAACUCGAGGAGCUCGAAGUCAUGGUGCAACUGGAAGAGAUGGUUCUAGUUGGUGUUCUCGGUCUUGGAAAGUGGGAGCAACAAUCAUCAGCCUUGGAUGGCACAUUGCAAUUGCUUCAACGCCAGCUAGGAGACCAGCUGCAGGUUGUGAUCGUUGAUGCCUCAAAGCUCCCAGGAGUAGUGAGCAGCCUCCAGCUUGGUGACCUCCCUGCAGUGGUGAUUUUCAAAGAUGGUGGCAAAGCCAUGCAGCUAGAAGGUGCUGACGCUGCUUUGGUCACAGUCCAAGAGCUUCAACAGGUUCUAGGUGGUGCCAGAUACACUUAAAAUUACCGCGUGUGGAAAAUUGGCCACAAGCGCCAGCCUUUUCUUCACCUUCGCGGGUG